GUCAUAUCCGGUUUAAGUCACGACCAACUUGGCACUUCUGUUUGAUACAAUAAUUGUGUUUAGUGGCAGAUACUAAAUAGAGACCUAUCGAAACUUUCACCACAAUCACCAAAUACAAUCAACCCUAGAAUUUAUUGAACCGUCAGGAUCUUCACUUUGUUUGAUUCCGUGUCCGACAAGAUUCUACCUGUUUGUUUUGCCGACGCGUAUUGCCUCUGCCACAGGCCUGUCAGUGUCACAGUCAAGUGAUUCAAGUGAUAUCAGAGGACAAACUCAGCAGCCAUGAAGUUGUUAAGCUUGACAGUGUUAUACAAAGAUGGGUCCUCCAAGGUUAAAGAUAUGGCUGUGGCCUAUGAAGUGUCAUCUUUUGGCUACUUCCAGAGGAGCAGCAUCAAAGAGUUUAUGGAUUUCACCAGUAAGAUUAUUGCUGAGAGGACAGCUGUGUGCUCCAGAGCUUCUGUCAAGGAAAAUGAAUAUAUGUGUCAUGUGUACGUGAGGAGUGACGGACUGACAGGAGUUCUCGUAGGAGACCACGAAUAUCCACAGAGGGUAGCUCAUACGCUGCUGAACAAGGUGCUUGAUGACUUUGCUUCCAAAUACCCCAAGUCAAACUGGGAUGUCCUUGGUAGCAGUCAGAUAAACUUCCCACAGUUGAAUGAUUACCUGCAGAAGUAUCAGAACCCCAAAGAAGCAGAUGCUAUGACAAAGAUACAGAAUGAUCUGGAUGAGACAAAGAUAAUAUUGCACAACACAAUAGAUGCAGUCCUGCAACGUGGGGAGAAGCUGGAUGAUCUCGUCGACAAGUCCGAGGGCCUCAGUACACAGUCUAAAGCUUUCUAUAAAACCGCCAAGAAAACAAAUCAGUGCUGUGUGAUACUAUGAGGUGAUAUGAGGACAAUGUGACUGCAAGCUGCUCCACCUGAAGCUGACAAUAUUUCCCUGUUAACUGGGAUGAAUGAUGGGAAAUCACUUGUCCAGUCUAUAUUUCCAUUUAAAUUAUUAUCUGCUGCUUCAGAAGACUGCAAUUGUCAAAAAUCCAAGAUAUACCAAGAUAUUGAUAUAAUUUGUAGAUACAUUUUUAAGAUCUUUUUCAGGGCAAUUGUCUAGUUCUAUAAAUAUUUUUAUGGGAUUUUUUUGACAUGUUGAAAAUGUUUUUUGUUAUUACUUGAGGCAAACAGUUUGAAGAUUUAGAAAAUCUUCUGUUAUCUUAAGAGGAAUGUUAAUUUUGAAAGAACCGGCCUACAUAUAACUUGAGCUGCAUUUUCAGAGUGAUAAUGAUCUUUAAAAGCUUAUUGGGUCAUGAUGGCCCCAUGAUGGCCUCUAAGGCACGGGAUCUAUCUGUACAGAGUUGCUUCCCUUUGUUGUCCCAGGAUCACAAGUUCAGUGUUGCUGUGAUUAUGAUCCUUUGUGGUCACAGUGCUACAUGCACAAGUGAUACAUGUCUCAUCACUUUCUUGAUUUUUUGACAAAAUGUGGUAGAACGGAUCUAUUAUUCAAAGCUCAAACUGAAAUAGCUGAGCAAAACAAAACAAGUUUCCAGGGGAUGUUUAGGUGUUGAUGCAUCAGUAUUAACAAAAGUAGGGCGGAAUUAAAUAUGAGUCUGUAUAUUAAUUUUGUGAUUGACGUUUUGAGAUGUAAAGUCCUGAAGAUGUGUCAGGAAAUGAACUAUAAACAUCUUCAUCUUGUUUAUGGAUAUACUUUGCUACUUGUGAUUGGGCUGGAUGUGGUUCAUUUGAGAUGUUACAAAGUUAUCUCCCCUUAAUGUUGCUUGGGAAGAUGUGCUUCAAUGAAGACAUGCUUAUUGAAUGGUGUGAUAUGAAUGCUGAUAAUGUGUGAUAGAUCACAAGUAAAUACAUUCACCAUGUGAAUUGCAAUAUCUUGGAUCUGUUGAUAUGCCUGUGUUAAUACUGUCAGCGCAUGUUAGUUCUGACACAACCUAUUCACUUCUACAUCUAGGGAGGAAACCCAUGGUAGGCCGCUAAGACACGCUGAACACUCAUGUCCGUAGUGGUCUCCCCUGUAGACAUGCUUCCUGUCUACUCACAAGAAGACUCAGGACUAGACACAGUCUAUUUGAAGCAUGUGACUGAAAUUGAAUGGAUUAUUGUCUGUACAGAAGUCAGCAGGGCCAGGGCUAAAACACGUUCUCGGUAACCCGUGUUUGUCUCCCUGUUGGAAUUCUGUGGUAGAAGAGUCCUCCGUGUCAUGCAAAUUUCAAGCAAGAACACAAACAGAACAUGUUCUAAAGAACACACUGUAAAAAGAAAAUGUUUUUCUUAAUUUUUGUUGUCCUCACAUUAUUAACGUGUAAUGUAUGACUGACCACAAGGUAUGAGCAGUCAGACUGUUGUGUUCGAUAUAAUAAGUGCUGAUACAAUGUCACUCUAUGUUUCAUUCGGUAUAUACUAUGCUCAUAAAGUAGAAUGUUUAUUUGGUUGUCAAUUAUUAUGUUCUGGAGUGAUAUUGUGAUACUUGUCACAUUUAUACUUGAAUGUUGUGAUGCUCGGUAUUGUGUAUCUAUAGAUACCAGUUUGUUUUGUAUGAAUGGAGUGUGAACAUGUACAUAUACAACAAUGACCUAUGGCUACAUUGUUAUUGUGUGCACAUAUAUAAACUGUGUGUGGAACAUUACAUUACUUUCAGAAUUCAUCAACAAAUGAAUUGAAACUAACAAUCAAUGUAUUCACUAUCACACAAGAAAUAGUGGUUUUUGAUCAUAAAGUUUUGAUUUGCUUCCUGUUUGUGGGAAGAUAACAUGUAUCUAUUUAGGUAAAUUUGAUGUCAUGUGUCCAGAUGUGUAUUAUAUAAUUAUGUAUAUUUUGUGGAUCAAGCCAAUUUCUUUCACAUUUUACAUGUAACCAUGGUAACUGCAUAUAUACUUCAUUGUUAGGAGUAGCAAAAUUAGUAAUGUCAGAUUUUGUUGAGAUGGGAAUAGGCCUCAAACCAUAUUUUGGAAAAAAACACACACUUUGAGCUGGUUGAAAUGAGCGUAUUCAGAUGCCUGUUUGUUCAUAUUUUCUGUACCUUGUGCCAGACCCAUGUCAUUGCUUGUUUUGGGACCCUUUAUCAUCAAGGUGCAAGUGUUUUGAGGCCAUAUUUUCAGUAUUGUUUCGAUGGGGUUAAUAAGAAUAUUGUGACCAAAAGAAAUCAAGAAAAUGAUCGUUUGAAGAAGUGUUUUUUACAUCACUUUCACAAAAAAUGGGCUAGUUUUAUCUGUAAAGAAGAAAAUUAACUGAUCUGAAUAUGUGAUCUGUGAUCAAGAGCUGAGUACCAGAGAACAACACAUCUGACUUCCUUUAAACCCAGGGUAAACCUAGACAGGUGUGUUCUACAGAAUCCAUCAAGCGCUGAGAUAUUUCUUGUUUCAUGUAUAUGCAGACAGAGCACUUGUUUUAUUCUGAAUGAUGUCAAGAAUAAAAUAUUUCAAUGAUUGUCAGAUUAGUGUACAGUGUUACAUACCAUGGGCAUGCAGGAAACCUAUUCUCAUUGUUUUGAAUCCUAGUUUGCACUGAACACCAACACCAUACCCAUGCUGAAGGUGUGGCUUUCCUUGCACAUUGUAAAGACAUGGUAUCAUUACUGUAUCACAUGGUACCCAACUCACUCACUCACUCCUGUGAUGCAGUCCUGCCUCACUUUGCCAAAGGAACAUGUUCAACAUAAAGAUAUUCAAUAUUAUUUUGUUAGGCAAUCUUUUUAAAAAAACAACCAAAAUAAUGAUUGUAUGUACCAGUCUCUUGAGAUCUGUAUUAUGCUUGUCAGAGGACUAAGUAACAACUGUACCUUCCAGGGCAGAGUUAAAGUAAAAACCAGGUGGCCUCUGUGACUUAUCAGCAGACAAAGUAAGGACCAGGUUACCUCUGUGACUUAAUGAACUAAAAUUAUGUGGAUUGUUCCUCAUGCUUUUAGUCACUGAAUUGCCUGGUCCAGACCAGCUGCCUGUAGCUGGAUGACUGAGGCCUUUAGUCACUGAAUUGCCUGGUCCAGACAAGCUGCCUGUAGCUGGAUGACUGAGGCCUUUAGUCACUGAAUUGCCUGGUCCAGACAAGCUGCCUGUAGCUGGAUGACUGAGGACUUUGGGAUUGAAAACAUUCAUUCCAAUACUUUACUAGUCACAGAGUUUUGUAGAUUUGUUCUGUUCCAGGUGUUGUGUUUCACCGAGUCCUCACAAGGCAAUGGUUGACUGCAACUGUGAACAUAACUCUGUAUCAGAAUUGAAAGUGUGUUCUCUAUCAUGAUGUAAAAGGUUCAGACCACUGAAGCUGUUCACAUUUAUCCUGCACAUAUCCGAAAUGCUAAUUUUGUUCAAAAAGUGUUUUGGGGGGUGGCCCAUUUGUCCAUGGCACCACAUCAGCUGUGCAGAGAUCUAUCCCAGAGUUUCUUGGUUCGUCAGCACCAAAUCCAAUUCUGGGUUGAUGUGCUGAAUGUUUGCUAACUUUCCUGAAGCUGACAUGCCGUGAUAUAACUGAAAUACUGUUCAUUGUGGCAUUUAGCCCAACUCCAUUUGAUACUGGCACUCAAAAGAAGUUAAGGACCACCCUGUUCCCGGUGUGACUGAUCAACCAUAGAAAUAAAUAUAAAAGAACUGGGUGGUCGUUAAGAUCUUUAGAGUGGUGGAUUCUCCACAGGAAAGGUUUCUCUGUCUGCACUGUCACAAGCCGUAGCAGUGGUAUCGAGGAUCAUAGAGGGCCUAACAUAUCGAUACUUACCAUGGUAUGACGAGAAAUAUCAGUCAUUUUAUCAUUAUGUGCCAAUAGGUCUAUUACAUCAUAGCUUGGAAGCUUUGAAAAUGAAAACUGUCCUUGAAUGUAGUGAAAAAAGUGAAUAAAAUGUUAAAUGCUCUAAA